CAUGCAGGCACGAUGAGCAAGAUGGAUGCUGAUGGCGAUGGUGGGGAUGGGACAACACAGCCGCUGCGCGUGCUGGAGUUCUACAGCGGCAUCGGAGGCAUGCACGCUGCGUUGAAAGUUGCCGAUCCCACAGCGCGUGUGCUGCGUGCGUUCGACAUCAACGAUACAGCCAACAAGGUGUACAGGCACAACUUCCCAGAGACACCCGUCUGGCAGCGCCUCAUUGAGUCCAUUCCACGCGAGAGGUUUGAGGGCAAGCUGCAGGCAGACAUGUACCUGAUGUCGCCGCCAUGCCAGCCCUUCACUCGCACAGGGAAGCAGCAAGGCAUCGAGGACAAGCGCAGCACCAGCCUUCGCUUCAUCCUCGACCUCAUCACAACCAUGAAGACACCGCCGCGCUACAUUCUUGUGGAGAACGUGAAGGGCUUCGAGUCGUCCAACGCCCGCCAGCCGCUCAUAUCUGCUUUGCAGUCGCGAGACUACAGCUUCCAAGAGUUUAUUCUCUCCCCUGACCAGUUUGGCAUCCCCAACUCCCGCCUGCGCUACUUUCUCGUUGCUGUUCGCGCGCCUCUCCAGCUGCCAUCGCCGCCCACAGGCACCGUGCUCUACCACAUCCCGACGCUCGGCGGUGCAUUCGCUGACGGCUACUCCCCACAGAUUGCCGCGCACUCGUUUCUCCCGCCCGCCCCACAACAGGUGCCUGGUGUGCCGCCCGUGCGCCCCUGGACCCUGCGCCCAGUUCGUGCCGUCGGCGCAUAUCUGUCCGCUGACGAGGGCGAAAUUGCCGCAAAUCUCGUCCCCAUGAAGGUUGUGUUGCGUCAUGGCCAGCUGUUUGACAUUGUGGACGCCACAUCCCAUCGCACCAUGUGCUUCACAAAGGCGUAUUCGCACUACGCAGAAGGAACAGGAUCCGUUGUCCUGGGAGCAAAAGACGCCACGCUGGAAGCCUGCGCGCGUGUAUUUGCCGAGGUGGAGGCGAGUAAGGCCCAACCACCACAGCCACAACAAUCAUCACCACCACAGUCACACCAAUCAUCACCACCACAGCCACAACAAUCACAGCCAUCAUCAUCAUCAGCGUCAGCGUCAGCGUCGUCGAAGCCGAGUGACGUGGAGCGGCCGAGGAAACAGGCCAAGAAGCACGAGGGCGCACACGACGAUGGUGAUGAUGAUGAUGACAGCCAUGGCGAUGAUGGCGAUGACAUGAAUGAGGUACAGGAGGGCGAGGGCACGUCCACGGUGACAGCAGAAGCAACAGCGACGCAACCAACACUGGCGGCUACUGAUACAGCAGCUGUUGCAGUGCACACAACAGCCACCACCAACACUGUCAGCACCACGUGUAUCGAUGCAUCCGAGGCGCUGGGGGCGCUGCGCUUGCGGUGGUUCACGCCACGGGAGAUGCUGACCAUCCACGGGUUCGCAGACACAUACACGGUGCCCGCGGAUGUGACGGCGAAGCAGAUGCGGCGGUGCAUUGGCAACGGCCUCAACGUCGUCGUUGUUGCUGAGCUCAUCAAAUUCAUGCUUGCAAGCAACCCCGCGGCGUGACACGCUGAAUGUAUGUGAGUGAGUGAGUGAGUGUGUGUGUAUGUGUGAAUGUGUGUGGUGUGUGUUCUUGUGUCGAAUAGCUGGCAGUCGUAGGCUUGGCUCCCCUCGUGGUAGUGUAUCUGCUUGUCACGUAUGUAAUGGCGAUCAACAAAUGUACACAAGCAAGCAAGCAAG